ACUUCAACAAGCCUUGGGACUGGUCUGGUUUUGAUCCGGAAUCCAUCCCAUUAUUAAAAAUAGUACAAAAGAAAGUUAAUGGUAUACUUUUUUUUGGUCAAGUAAAUGGUAUAAAUUAAGUUCACAAAAGCAAGGAAUAGAAACCAAACAAGGUAUAUAUCGGACUAUCAUCAAUAUAUGGCUACAUGAUGAGUGUGUUGUGCAUGCCUUCUACGCCAUGCAAACAAAUACACGCACAUAGUCUCUGACUUUGUCUGUAGUACGUUUGUAUUGUUCUAGACAGUAAUUAUGGUCUUAAAACCCACACGCUCUGUCAAUAAAGCUUUGUUUCCACAAGAAAUCAUGAACAAAGUUUAAAAGCAAAAACAGAACAAUCAAUUGUGGUCACAAUCAAAGACUUUAGAAUCUCAAUCAGGUAGUAUAGUGUAAAAAGGAAAACGGAGAUACAUUAUAUAUGCUCUGUUAAUUUCGACCAUUGGAUUGAGAGAGACUCUUGCACUUGUGGUCUUGCAUGAACAUACGUGUUCUUCUAUAAGCCAAACAUAACAUUUUCAAGACUUUUAUGUCAAAACGAGUUGUAGAGUUAUAUGGUGGUGUUUGAUUGGUUUCAGACUUUGCAGUGGUCCCAAAGAAGAGAAAGAGAAGCCAUUUCAUUGGUUCGGUAUUCUCUUUAACAUCUUACUCUCUCUACUACUCUGGUCUUCAGCAAAAUCUGAAAAGACAAGUAAAAUAUAUUGAUGUCUCUUCAACGACCCAAUGGGAACUCUAGUUCCUCUUCUUCCCCCAAGAAGCACAAAACUGAGGAGAGUGACGAGGAGGAGUUGUUGAUGGUUCCUGACAUGGAAGCAGCUGGAUCAACAUGUGUUCUAAGCAGCAACGCCGACGACGGAGUCAACAAACCGGAGAUUGACCAGACCCAAAACGUAACUUCAACCGCCAAGCGGGGCCGUGGACGAGACCCAGUCGAUAAAGAAUACAGAAGCCACAAGAGAUUGUUGAGGAAUAGAGUAUCGGCACAAGAAGCGAGGGAGAGGAAGAAAGUGUAUGUGAGUGAUAUGGAAUCAAGAGCUAACGAGUUGCAGAACAACAAUGAUGAGCUUGAGGAGAAGAUCUCUACUUUGAUGAACGAGAACACAAUGCUUCGCAAAAUGCUUAUUAACACUAGGCCUAAAGCUGACGACAAUCACUAAGAUGAGAAAACCAUUUGACUAAUCUAAUGUUGUAUGUUUAUCUUUUGUUUGCAUACAAAGAACAUUCAUUUUGAGCAUAACAUUGUCUAUCUUUGUACUCUUAUGAAUUUUAUGUCUUCGGUUUAAUCUUUUGGAUCGCACAUUGUGGUUUGUACGAUGUUGCUACUAUCCAUGUAAUCGUUUAAUUUGUAAUUAAGACUUUGGUGAACAAAAAAAAAUCGUGGAUAAAAUGUGAUUUGAGAUUUGCACAAUCAAGAAAGACAAAAGGUAAAGACUGCAUAGAGUUUAAUCAAGAAAGACAAAAGACUUAGGCUUUGAAUGGGUAACUCAAAUCAAAUAACGCAGAUCAAACAAAAAAUCAAACAAAAACGUAGAUUAAGCAGAACAAAUGCAGAUCAAACAGAACAAAUACAAAUCAAGGUAAUUUAAUAAAUUAUUGUAAUUAAAAUAUUUUAUUAUCUUAAGUAUUUUAAAAUAUCUAAAUUAUCCUAAAGAACCAAAUUACUCGAAUAGUUUUUAUCCAAAAUAUUAAAAUUUAUC